UCGUAGAAAUAAAAAAAAAUACGUUUUAUGAUUUGUUUCUGAUUUGUACGCAAAAAGUCGGUCAAUUUAUGUAUUUUUGGUUUCUGAACUAAAAUACGGGAAUCGUAAGAGGAGAAAAAGAAAAUGGAUUUGGAGAAGGUGAAGAGAUUCUUGGAGAAAGAAGACGAUGGCAAGAACCGGUCCGCCAUUGAAGAAAUGCCUCUUAGAUUCUUCGAACGUUUCGUAAUGCAAGGUAUUCGCGUUGACCUGAUAGAGCCUGGGCGUCUUGUUUGCUCCAUGAAAGUCCCUCCUCGCCUACUGAAUGCUGGCAAUUUCCUGCACGGCGGAGCCACAGCUACGCUAGUUGACUUGGUGGGUUCAGCUGUAAUAUACACUGUUGGAGCUCCAUUUACUGGAGUUUCUGUGGAAAUCAACGUUUCAUACUUGGAUGCUGCUUAUGCCGAUGAAGAAAUUGAGAUUGAUGCAAGGGUUCUGCGUGUUGGUAAGGCUGUUGGAGUUGUCAGUGUUGAGUUCAGGAAGAAAGAAACUGGGAAAAUAAUUGCUCAGGGGCGACACACAAAGUACCUUGCUGUUUCUAGUAAAAUGUAAAUGGAUUGAAGCUUCCUUAUAAUAGAGUUGUAACAGACAACAUAAUUGCUUCAUUGAAACAAAUAAUGUAUUUGCCAAAUAUGUUGUGUUUUACUGAAUAAUGUGGAUUAACAGCUAUGAUUGAUUUGAUGGGCAAA